CAUUAUUGAUGCCCUGUCAUCAUCUAUCUGUACCAGCCUCUUGCAGAGAAGAACCAAAAUAUCCUAAAGUAGAAUGGACGGGCGGCUGCUGCUCUGCUUCUUCCUCUCGAUCGCGGUCACCGCAAGACAGUUCGCCGUCGCCGCCGCAGCGUCCAGUUCCAAGGUGGUGACCAGCCUCCCCGGGUUGCAGGGUCGCCUCCCCUUCCACCUCGAGACCGGGUACGUGGAGGUGGACGAGGACAAAGGCACAGAGCUGUUCUACUACUUCGUGGAGUCUGAGUCCGGCGCGGAGGACGCUCCUUUCCUCCUCUGGCUCACCGGCGGCGACCGUUGCUCCGUGCUCAGCGGCCUCGCCUUGGAGAUCGGGCCAUUCCAGUUCGUCCCAGAGCCUUACAAUGGCACCGUACCGCGUCUGAAAAUCAAUCCCUACUCAUGGACCAAGGUGGCAAACAUCCUUUUCGUCGAUACACCGGUUGGUGCAGGAUUUUCCUUUUCAGCACGACCCCAAGGCUACCAUGUUGGGGAGGUAUCUACCUCGUUGCAGAUACAUGAACUCCUCAUCAAGUGGUUCACUGACCAUCACAAGUUCCUCGCAAAUCCUUUCUACAUCGGGGGAGACUCCCUUGCUGGACAUCUUGUACCAUUUCUCGCUCAAAAGAUCUCGGAAGGUAUCGACGCUGGAAGGAACCCCACCCUUAAUCUCAAGGGCUAUCUGGUAGGCAAUCCGGUGACGGGUGAAAUCAUUGAUGUAAGCUCUAGUGUGUCAUAUGCUCAUGGAGUUGGUAUAAUACCAGAUCAAUUAUAUGAGACGAUAUUGGAGCAUUGCCAGGGAGAAGACUACAGGAAUCCUACAAAUACACCGUGUGCCCAAGCUCUUAGCACUUACUAUAAUCUCCGAUCAGAAGUUAUGACCGCCCAAAUCUUGCUGGACAAUUGCUAUCUUGCAUCCGCUGGAGCAGGUACGGAGACGGGCAUGUCAGCCAGUGCCAGUCGGAAGAUCCUAAACGAGGAAGAAGCAGUGAUCGUGACGGGGAAACGGGUGAAACAUCCGCCACCUCGUGUACCACUUGGCUGUUAUAGCUACACGGCUUACCUGUCGUAUUUCUGGGCAAACGACGCGCUCACCCGAGACGCCCUGGGGAUCAAGGACGGCACAGUGGACGAGUGGGUGAGGUGCCACAGCGGCGACCUUCCGUACGCCGUGGACACCGGGAGCAGCAUCAGGUACCACCGGAACGUCACCGCCAAUGGUUACCGUGCGCUGGUCUACAGCGGCGACCACGAUGCGGUUGUGCCGCACCAGGGGACGCAGGCGUGGGUGAGGGCGCUCGGCUUCCCCGUCGUCGACGACUGGAGAGCCUGGCAUCUCGACGGCCAGUCUGCCGGAUUCACCAUAAGCUACUCCAACAACAUGACAUUCGCGACAGUAAAGGGAGCCGGGCACACGGCGCCUCAGUACGAGCCCGAGAGGUGCUACGCCAUGUUCAGCCGUUGGAUGCUGGACCAGCCACUCUAGUCUACCUAUUUUUGCGAUAAAGGGCGUAUUUAUUAUAAACUUAAAAUGUAGCAUUAAGAAGGUACACAUCAUAAUAAGAAAUAUUUAGCCUUUGCAUGACUAAGAUACGCAGCCAAAUACUAACAAAAUGAUAAAAAAUACCACAACAUAUAGACAACAUUAGAGUCAUAUAAGAUCGACACUAUGCCUAUAUCAAAGGAGGUGGUGAACUAAUCCCGGAGAUUAUGUGGCCAUCCAUAUAUGGUCAAAAAAACCUCGCCGUCCGUUCCAACCGCAUUCACACCAUCUUGAAUAGUGGUUGAUAUUUUAUUCACUGUAGUGUGGACCACAAACGUAGAAAACGUGUACAACAAAAAAUUGUAUGGUAAGGAAAGGAAAUUUCCCCCCUAAAAAACCAAAUCAUUUCUACAUAUCCACAUCGUCCAAAUUAAGGCAUACACUCUCACCCUAAUUAGCAUUGUGCACCUAUUUGGAAUAUCAUCCAACGAGUGACCAAAAAUAUUGGCAACAUUUGUGUGCGGAUACAAAUUGAACGCUAUUUGGAUGACUGAUCACGUAGAACACACAAAUUUGCAUU